UCCCUCCCUUUCCCCGGUGCUGACUCGGAGAGAGAGCUGGUUAUUCUCGCAGCCCUUGUUGUCUUGGCAGAAGUUCAAUGAGCAGCAGGAGGAGGAAGAGAGGGAGGGAAGGAGGAGGGAGGGAAACGGCGAGGGGGAGAGCCUAGUACGCAUGCGCUCCUGGGCACUGUCGAAGAAUCGAGUCACUGGAGCAGCGAGAGCGCACUCAGCGGCGGCGGCUCGUGGAGUCCCCGCCCCAGCAGCGCGAGAAAGAGAGAGAGAGAGAGAGAAGGAGCGUCUGGGCAGCGCGGUGGUAGUAGAGAGAGAGAGAGAGAGAGUGAGCGAGCAAGCGCGAGCCACGAAGGGAUAGCACGAGCGAGAGCGCGAGCCGCGAAGGGAGAGCGCGAGGCCCGGGCGAUGCGGUAGCGGAGGAAAGGCGUUUUUGCCAAGGAGCGACGGCGCGGCUGCGUUUCCGGCGGGAGCAGAGGAGGCUGCUGUUGCAGGGAGAGGAGGAGGAGGAGAAGGAAGGCGAGGCCCGUGCUCGCUGCCGCUGGCUGUGCUGCUGCUGCUGCCGCCCCCGGGUCCCGCGGCCAUGUCUUCCGCGGCUGUGGCGGUCUCGGCCGCCUCCCGCCGCCAGUCGUGCUACCUCUGCGACCUUCCCCGCAUGCCCUGGGCCAUGAUCUGGGACUUCACGGAGCCCGUCUGCCGCGGCUGCGUCAACUACGAGGGCGCCGACCGGGUGGAGUUCGUCAUCGACACGGCGCGGCAGCUCAAGCGAGCCCACAGCUUCCAGGAGGCGCGCGGGGGAGGGGGCGGCGGCGGGGGAGCGGGCCCCCAGCAAGGCCCCCACGCCAAGGCCCCGCCGCCUCCUCCGCCCCCGCCCCCGCUCAGCGCCAAGGAGAUGCACUCCGCCGCCGUGGCUGCCGCCGCUGCCGCCGCCGCUGAGGCCGCCUCCCGCGGGGGGCCUCCGCCGCACGAGCGCUACGCCCUGGCCGCCGCCGCCGCCUCAGAGCGGGCCCCACCGCGCCUGGGCCCCGAGUACGGCGGGCGGCAAGUCAACGGCAUCCUGGUGCCCAACGGCUUCCCCAAGCCCGAGGAGCCGCCCGAACUGAACCGCCAAAGCCCCAACCCGCGGAGGACCACGCACGCCGUGGCGCCCACCCUGGUGCCGCUCAUGAACGGCGCCGGGCUCAGCAGCCGCGCCGCCGCCUCCUUGGCCGCCAUCACCGGGGCGCCGCUGCAGGUCUCCGUGGCGGCGGGAGAAGGCGCGCCUCCGCACAAGAGGCCCGGCUCCGUCUCUUCCUCUUCCUCCUCCUCCUCGUCUUCCUCGGGAGGCGACGCCGACAAGGACAAGGGCCCUGCCUCGCAGCGGGGCUCCGUCGAGGGCCUGGAGGCGCUGGAGGGCAAAGGCCGCGGCGGGGGCUCCGAGCAGGAGUGGCUGGGGAAGCCCAAGACCGUGCGGGACACGCUCCUGGCCCUGCAGCACGGCGGACACGCCGUCCCCUACGAGGGCAAGUUCAAGAAGGAGCCCGGCCUCGCCGCCGCCGCCGGAGCAGCGCCAGCAGGAGCAGCAGCAGGAGGAGGAGCAGGAGGGCGGCUGCUGGGCUACGAGGGCAACGGCGCCAAGGCCUCCGGAGCACGGGCUGCCAGGAAAAGAAAGCCUUCCCCAGAGCCGGAAGGGGAAGCUGGGCCUCCUAAAAUCAACGGAGAGGCACAGUCAUGGCUCCCGACCUCCUCAGAAGGGAUGAAGAUCCCGAUGGGGGCCCCCUCCUUCAUGUCCCCGCCGCCGCCCACCGCCUCGCCACAUUCCAACCGGACCACGCCGCCCGAGGCGGUCCAGAACGGCCAGUCCCCGAUGGCUGCGCUAAUUUUGGUUGCGGACAAUGCCGGAGGCAACCACGCUUCCAAAGAUGCCAACCAGGUGCACUCCACCACCAGAAGGAAUAGCAGCAGCCCGCCCUCCCCGUCCCCCAUGAACCAAAGGCGGCUGCCCAGGGAGGUGCCCAACCAAGGGGGGAAUGCCGGCGGGAUGGAGCCCGUGCACCCGGCCAGCCUCCCAGACUCCUCUCUGGCCGCGAGCAUCCCCCUGUGUUGCACUCUGUGUCACGAGCGCCUGGAAGACACCCACUUUGUGCAGUGCCCCUCCGUCCCCUCCCACAAGUUUUGCUUCCCUUGCUCCAGACAGAGCAUCAAGCAGCAAGGCGCCAAUGGGGAGGUGUAUUGCCCCAGUGGGGAGAAGUGUCCCUUGGUGGGCUCCAAUGUCCCCUGGGCCUUCAUGCAGGGCGAGAUCGCCACCAUCCUCGCAGGAGACGUGAAGGUGAAAAAAGAGAGGGACUCCUGACUUUCCCAGUUUCUCACUGCGACAUCACCUUUAACCUGAAACUGCUCAAAUUGUAUAAAUAUCUAUAAAUACCUAUAAAUACCUAUAUAUAUAUAUAUUAUAUAUAUAUAUAUCUCCAAGACAAGGGAAAUGUAGACUUCAUAAAAACAUGGCUGUAUAAUUUUGAUUUCUUUUUUUUAAUACAUUGUGUUUCUAUAUAUUUUUUGAAGACAAAAAGGUAUGUACUUACUUACGGCAACUUUUGUUUUGGUUAUAGCAGUUAUUUGUUGUGCUUCCUUGGUGACAGUUACUGUUCAGUGUAGGCUGUGACUUGGCGCUGCUUUUUUUAGAGAGCACUUGACGAAUCAGAAAUGCUUUUAGCUGUAAUUGUAUGCACUUGGUUUCCCCCUUACUUACUUUCUUUUUUUUAAAGAUGCCAAAUACAUCUUCUGACAUUGUAAAGCUCGCCUUACUGUCUGUGGCCCCUUAUUUUUUUGCUCAUACUCAUUUGUGUUGGAGUCUUAACAGGUUUUAGAGACAACAUGGAACAUCUCCCUGGUUCAUUCCAAAGACAAGUCAGAAAAUACAAAGGAUUUCACUUGGAAACAUAGUUUCCUCGUCGCUGCGAAAAUGCUUUGCAUCUGAGGAGGCAGAUUGGAAAAGGAAGUUGCUUUCAGAGUAUUAUGCUAAAUGAGGCACAAUUAUGUUAGGGAUUGGGAGGUUAGUUUCCCUCCCUUAAAGACAAGAGUUGAUCAUAGUUCAUGUGGUUGUUUGUAAGGUUGCAAAACUGCAUUAUUUCUCCCAUUAUGUGAUGCUUUUGCAGGAUUUUUGUGAUAAGUUCUAAUUUUUGUCUAACAGUGCAUUGAUGCAGACAGAGUAACUAUACUUUUUCACAGACCCAUGCCUUUUCAGCCCAUUCAGCAUGGUCAUUCCUGUCGUAAACAUGUGGAAAGGUUUGGCGUAGUUUGCUUUAUUAUUAUUAUUAAAAAGCCCAAACGUUUAAUACAAUGCAGGUGAAUUGAUUUUAUUUCUCACUUAAAGCAUCGUACUGUUGAUACUGUUCCUGCUUCUGACAUCACGUUCCCAGGUAGUGGCAGGAAACAGUGUGGUGAUGUGCAGGUUUUCCAUGUUUUGCCUAUGUCUUGGCAGCAGAGAGAUUAAUGGAAAUUUCUGCCUGAAAUUUCGUAAUGCAUGUGUUGAACAGGAAACGACUCUGUUCAUAUUUAAAUGAGCAACCUGGGAUUUACGUUAACUUCAGUUUCAUGUAGGCAUGCCUUGCCUUUUUUUUUGUUACGUUCACAAAUUCUUUUGUAAAAAUACUGUUUUGAUCACUCUGCUUUUGUUUGUUUUGCAUCAGAAAGCACACGUUUUUAAUCAAUAAAUCAUCAGUUACUAGAAAUAGCCAAACCUUGCUGUAGUGCUUCUGUGAUGUUUACAGUUGUGUUAGCAACACUGCUGUGUGCAACCCGUUGUGUUGAAUGUUCAUAUGGUCAUAAGUAAUUCUCAGAACGAUGGUUUUAUGGUCCCCGUUUCUGUGGCAAAACACUAUACAUUUUUGAUGUUGAGAGAAUGUUCAACUGAGUUUUAACUGAUGCUGUUGGGUCAGACUGUUCUUAAGUGUUAAUGUUCAGACUGCUCUUUAAUGCAGAAUAGAUUUUGGUAGAUCUUUGAAAAUGGUCAUAACAUUUGAAAAUCCAAACUGCACAUGCACAGUAAUUUUUUAUUUUUUAUUUUUUGGAGUGUUUUAAUGAGUACACCCACUAGCAUUGUGUUCCAUAUUACAGGUCAGUGUAAUAUUAAAUAACAAGAUUUGCAUGAUAAAACAAUUCAGUACUCUUUAAAAUGAUAGAAAUACAUAUAGUACAGACUGGUGUCUUAUGUAAACACAUGUUUAGACAGUUUGAAAGAGGAAAAAACGCACAUAUAUACAACUGUAAAGGAUUCUUUGGAACCACUAUAGUCUGUGGAAAUAUGUAUUAGGCACUUUAUUAAAAUUGGAUUUGAAUUGA